AUGGCAUCCGACGAAGCUCAAAAACUCGAACCUUUGCGUCUAGAAUUACAACUUCAAGCACAUCAGCUCAAUUGGCCAUUACACGUUGGUCCUCCAUUAAGCAAUCAAGGUGCAUUUGGACGUGUCUUUGAUGGUUUAUGGACAUCAACGCAAGAAGCCGUCGUUAUUAAAUAUCAAAGGCACUCUCGCACAAAUCGGUAUGUGACUAUGUUAGACAUACAAUCGUUAAAAAGUCAGUCCGAACAAGCGUGUACUCAUACACCAUAUAUGAUGUUGUAUUUCGAUCAAGGAGGACUACCAGAGUAUCGUCUAUAUCCACUGCAGAAAUCAAUUGUACCUGUCGAAUAUUACGUUGGAGUGAAAGCAACUCUAUGUCAAACAUUACCAGCAGCACAAGCCAAAGCUUACUUCGAUAUUGAAUCAUUGGGAGGUUAUAUGAUAAUAUUUUAUAAAAUUACAAACGGUAUUACUGUUCAACAAUACAUUCAACAAAAUCCAGUAAUUAGUGAACGACAAGCAAAAAAUAUCAUUAUCUUAAUUAUUCUAAAUAUGCAUUUAGUUAAACGUUCUCUUGUAUAUCACAAUGACUUAACAGCAUCUAAUAUGUUUCUUCAGACACAGCCGUAUCCUCGGGUGUUAUUUAUUGAUUUUGGUGAUGCCGAUGUCAUGGAUGGUUAUACAUAUAAUCAAUUAAAAAUACCUCCCGAUAUGUGGACAACAAACUAUCCAGGUGGUUUACGUGGCACAUUUCAUCUCAUUAUAAAUGCUUGUCAAGAAUGCAAACAACAAUAUCCACAAAAUAUAUCACAAACAUUUGUACCACCUCAACAACAGCAGCAAGCAAUUGUUGAACAAUCAGCUAUGCAUCCAUGGAUUGUUAAUGACUUGAAAGCAGUUAUUGAUAAUCCACAAUUCCCCUACUAUCAUUGGAAAGUGUUUAAAACAUAA